UAGUUCGGAAAGUGCGAAGUGCGAGGUUCGUUCACGGGUGAUAUAAGUGAUUAUUAGCGACAAGUGCAAUAAACAUAAUCAAUCAAUUAAUUUUAUUUUAAGUGCACAACGAAGCAAGGAACACAAAAAUGGAUAAGUACCAAUUUCUCAUUGCGGAAUUUCAUGACGGGUUACAAGUUAUACCCUCAGAAUGGUGCAAUGCCGAUAAAUUAUCAUGUAUAUGGCCUAAUCAUAUGAAAACUAAAUAUCGCAUUAACAAGGCCAUAUUGGCAAGAGAGAUGCCUCGAGAAAAAUCUGAUUGGGAAGAGUUACCAAUAAAAAGAAUUUUUGGUGGAGCAAAUACUUAUGAAGAAAGUUUACAAAAAUUAAGUCUAGCACAAGACACGUCAAAUAUAGAUGACACUGGGAUGUCUUCAAAUGAUUUAAGAGAACAAAAUAAAAAGCAAAGACGUAUGAAAGCAAAGAAAAAAAUAUUAUCAUCUUCUUCUUCAGAAGAAGAAGAUAUCUAUUUAAAAAAUAAAGAAAAUAAAAUAAAUGUAAUACAACAUAAAAUCUUGCCUCCUUUUCCUGACAGAGGCAAUUUUGUUAAUAAAGUCAUUGAGCCUAUACAAAACAUUACAAAUAUUUUACGUGAAAAAAAUAUUAUUAAUCCUAUAAACAGUAAUGAUAAAAAUAAUAAGGAAAUUGCUACGAAUAAUAUAAAGAUUCUUCAAGAUUCUUCUGAAAAUACUGAGAAAGAGUUCAAGAAACAGAUUAUAGGAAAAUUGAACAAAAUAUUAUAUAAAUUAGACGGCAUAGAAAUCAAAAUUAAUAUGCUAGAGGAGAAAAUGCAAUUUUCCUGCCAUUCUUAUGAUAGUCAAGAUGAAUGUGAUAUUCAUUUCCCGAUUUCUACACUUACUGAAUUAAUAUCCUUUGAAGAUCAAUUACAGGAAAUCGAAUUUAAAGACAAAGUUCUUAAUGUUUUAAAACUUGUUGGUGGAGUUGAUGCACAUGCCAUGAUACGAAAUAUUAUGAAAAAAGUAAUAACAGACACUUUAGCUCAAAAUUUCAAUUGGACAGGAAAAAAAAAUAAGCGUAGUUUCAAAGAUUUAAAUCUUUCUAAAAUAAUUAUACAAGCUGUUCGUGUAAAACAUAAUAAUCUGACAGAUAAUGACAUUGCAGAAUACACAUCUAAAUGGCUGUCUCAAGCUACUGUAAGAGUUCAAAGAGAUGAAAAAAAACAUAUUCAGGAAGAAAAAUAAAAACUAGAAGAACAGGAAGAACUAAAAAAC